ACAGUGAAGUUUAACUUCCAAAUACUGUAAGACCAGAGCUUGGAUUAGUGAUUAUCCAACAGUGCGACAAUUUAUCAUGAUUUUUUUGGUUAUUGUCAACCUGCUGCAGGAGGCUUCUGUAGCUGCGGGUGUAGCCCUGGAUCCGUGCUCUGCCUACAUUAGUCUGAAUGAACCCUGGAGGAACACGGACUUCCACCUCAAUAAGUUGUCCGGUGCUCCCCUGUGCGAUAGCCACAUUUCUGGGGAAUGGUACCGCUUCACUGGCAUGGCUGGGGAUGCUAUGCCUACCUUCUGCAUCCCUGAGAAUCACUGUGGCACACACGCUCCAAUUUGGCUCAAUGGCAACCACCCCCAGCUCCAUGAAGGCAUCGUCACCCUCCCUGUAUGUUCCAGCUUCAAUAACAACUGCUGCCACUGGAACGCCAGUGUGGAUGUGAAGGCCUGUCCUGGGGGAUACUUUGUAUACAGCCUGCCCAGACCCUCUGUUUGCUUCCAAGUUUACUGUGGCCAUUUCUAUGAUAUCUGUGAUGAGGUUGAUUGCAAAGGGCCCCGUUGUCCAGAGUCUGACUGUCGCUGUGCAGCUGGAACUGUCCUGGGACCAGACAGACAAACAUGCCUGGAUAUAAAUGAAUGUGAUAAGGGCAAUGGUGGCUGUGCAGAGGUGUGUGUGAACACCAAAGGCUCCAGGCGUUGUGAGUGUGGGCGGGGCCUCGUGCUGAACGAGGAUGGGCACAACUGUACAGAUAUUGCAGGCUGUCACGUCAAUAAUGGAGGCUGCAGCCAUGACUGCUCUUCGCUGUUGGACUCCUAUCAGUGCCACUGUCCCAGAGGGCUGGAGCUGGGAGAGGAUCAACAUACAUGCCAGGUUCCAGUCCAGUGUGAUUCUAGCUCAAUUACUGUAUCAGUUCCUAAAGACCUUGUAGGAGGACUGGAGCUUUUUCUGUCCAACACAUCUUGUCGAGGUGUUUCCAAUGGCACACACAUCAACCUCAGCUUCAGCCUCAAGACCUGCGGGACAGUAGUGGAGGUGACAGAUGACAAAAUUGUGGGGACCAAUCUAGUGACAGGCCUACCAAGGAGCAACCCAGGGAGCAGCAGGGACUUAAUAGUCCGGACCAGCAAGUUACUGCUCCCAGUUACCUGUGAGUUCCCCAGGGAGUACCACGUGUCAGAUGGAUACCAGGCAAGUCUGCACAGCUCAGCCCUGGAGCUGGCAGGUCGCAGUGAGGGAGUCUUUCAGUUCAACCUGGAGCUGUUCAAGAACGCUGAGUUCUCAGAGCCAUACCGCACCCCACCCCAGCUACACCUGCAUGAGUCUCUGUUUUUUGGGGUGGAGCCAAAGGAGAGUGUCGAGGGCCUCUCUGCCCUGGUGGAGAGCUGCUUUGCAACACCAGGACCCAAAGCUGAUCAGGCCCUUAAGUAUUACCUCAUUAAAGAUGGAUGCGUCUGUGAUGAAACAGUCACACAGUAUUCAUCAAAGGACCAGCUCUCCAAGCACUACCAGGUCCCUGUCUUCAAGUUCAUUGGCAAGGACAAUCAACAAGUUUUCCUCCACUGCCAGGUGUUGGUAUGUGGGGCGGGAGACACCCGCUGUGCCCAGCACUGUCGAGGACGUGUCCGAAGGGAGGUUCAGAUGGGUGAAUCUCAGGAUCAGAGCACACUGAGCACGGGCCCCAUCUAUAUUCUGCCCUAGGUGUGAUGUUAACAGAAAACUACCUUGACAACAUGGCACAGGUGUAUGCCAGCAUCACAAAAGUCACAUUUACAUAUGAGUUGACCUUUGGAAUUUAUUUGGUUCAUAAAACACCAAAAACAUGUAUGCAUGCAUGCAAAGAAGUCAAUUGCACUAUCCCUUCAAAGUACAGUAUACACACUCUGUUUAUCCUAGUUCCAGUAUACUUCUGCUGAUGACUUUGCCAAGUUUGUGUAUCUUCGCCACUUCGCUUCGCAGCAUGAUUUACUGACAUUAAAGUGAUUGACAUUUCUA